AUGUUUCUUCAAAAGUACAAACGUAGGAGUGAUGGAAGCUUUUCCAAACUCCCGUUCUUAUUCACUCUGUUCACAACAGCUUGUCAACUCGUGGCAGUUUUCUCGCAGCCACGCAAUGCUCCUGGUUAUUUGGGAUGCUACAAUGACUGUGACACUAUUUUUUGUCGGCGUGCCCUGCCAAUCGGGCCAGAAGUUAGCGGCGAUCAAUCUGUGGAGUGGUGCUUUAAGUACUGUCUAGAUACGCGUACGUCAAGCUACAACUACGCAGGACUCGUAUAUGCAAAUGAAUGUUUCUGUGGAAAUAACGAAGACUACGACAGAUUUGGAAAAAAGGCGGACUCUGAGUGUCAAGACAGGUGUACGGGAAACAGCAACCAGUUCUGUGGAGACUCAGACCGGAUCUCUAUAUACAGAAUAUCACAAGGAGUAUGCAGUAAUGCCAUAGGACCACCCACCAACGGAGACCACGCCAUCACCAACCCGCGUUCACUGUCUUACAAUCUCAACAACUUCAAGUUCUUCGGGACUCAGGUAGAUUUCUCCUGUGACCCUGGAUAUACCCUCCAUGGAGCAUCGAGCAUUGAAUGCAUUGAGACUGACUACAACAACGUCACGUGGAGUGACUCGGUACCAACAUGUAAAGUACCCCAAAGUAGGACAACGACAAUCGCGUUAUCCACGACGCCACCCUUAAGUAGGACAACGACGGUCGUGUCAUCCGCUGUAGCAUCCAAAAGUUGGACAACUGGCGUUGACCUCAUCACGUCAAAUGACGUUGGAAGCAGCAAGUCCAAUACCAGACCUACGACAUCAGCUGAUGUGACUGUAGGGGUAUCUAGCAGCAACGAACCGUCGGAUGUUGGAGUCAUAGUUGGACCGUUGGUGGCGGGCCUCAUCGUUGUAUUGGCAGCUCUUGGUCUGUUGAUAAUUUGUAUGUGGCGGCGUAAAAAGCGAGAAUUAGUGAACGACUGUGACAACCAGCUUGUCAGAAAUGACAGCAGUAACAAGCAGCCAAACCAUAUUUCGCAAUCACUGCGUUCAGAAAGACAGGAUCAAGUUUGUACAAUACAGGCAGAUGGACAACUUGAGGGUAUCCCCUUGGGUGCAUUGUCCACAGCGAACGAUUACAACCCUGGACGCGAGAUCCAAGCUGCGCAUGCGGCUUACGGCAAUGUAGGCCCCAAUCUCUCGCUCUCAAGAGAUCUCGUAGAAAUCGAGAAAGAGAUUGGUCGAGGUGCCUUUGGCAGAGUGCUGCUGGGGACUGCACUUGGGAUCGAGGAAGUUGGCAAACGAACCAAGGUUGCAAUCAAAACAAUCAAAGAGGGCGCUGACAGACAGGCGAAGGUGGAGCUCCUGGAGGAGUUGGACGUCAUGAAAAAGAUUGGUUCCCACCCAAAUAUCGUCAGAUUACUUGGCUAUUGCAUAGAGACAGAUCCCAUCUAUCUCAUCGUGGAGUACCUGGGUAAGGGCGACCUCAAGAAAGUUCUGAUGGGAUACAGAAUCACAGAUACUGGGACCGGCUACGGCAACAUUUCUGGUCUGAGUCAAUCACUCUCGUUGACCUUGGUCAAAUUCGCCAGGGACGUAGCCAAUGGAAUGGCAUUCUUAGCUUCGCAAAAGUGCAUUCACCGUGACCUGGCCGCCCGUAACGUACUGGUUGGUGAAGACAUGGUCUGCAAGGUGUCUGACUUUGGACUCGCUCGUGACGUCAUGAAUAUCAGAGUCUACCAGCGAGAAUCCCAGGGUCCACUGCCCAUGCGCUGGAUGGCACUGGAGUCCUUAAUUGAUGACGUGUACACAAUUGAGAGUGACGUAUGGUCUUUCGGGAUUCUGAUUUGGGAGAUCGUAACACUCGGUGCCCGGCCAUACCCACACAUUAUGACUUCAAAAGAUAUGGUGAGGCAGCUAAGGAAAGGCUACCGCAUGUCCAAGCCAACAAACUGCAAGAAACAACUAUAUUCCAUCAUGCGUAGUUGCUGGCAUACCAACCCGAAGGCAAGACCAACGUUCCAAGAUGUUGUCGAGAGUCUGGAGGCGUUGCUUAGUGAGGAAAUGGAGUAUAUAACUGUCAGAAACAUUGACGAAGGCAUCUACGAGGUCCCAAGAAUCAUGGAAGAGAACGAGAAAGUGUAA